AUGGUAGCCUCUAAGGACGAAAUGGCGCCAUUACCGACAGUAGACGCUCACGACGUCCCCGACGGUGGAUUGAGGGCAUGGAUGACUGUUGUUGGCGCGUUUCUUGUCGUCUUUUGCUCUUCAGGCUACGUCAAUUGCUAUGGUGUAUAUGAAGAUUACUAUGUCCGUGAAUUUUUGAGCGACCAUUCGUCUUCAAGGAUUAGUUGGAUAGGUAGCGUUCAAAUACUGGGUCUGGGGUCAUUAGGCAUAUAUUCAGGUUUUGCCAUGGAUCAGGGACACUUCCGGCCUGUCAUGCUCGCAGGGUCGGCCUUACUCGUAUUUUGCCUCUUCAUGACGUCCCUCACCCAAGAGCAGCAAUUUUGGCAAAUCUUUCUUGCGCAAGGUAUUGGAUUGGGCAUAGCCGUCGGGAUCGUUUAUGUUCCCGCGCUUGGAAUCGUUUCGCAUCAUUUCAAGAAACGUCGGUCCCUCGUCAUGGGCAUUGUUGGAUCUGGAUCAUCCAUUGGCGGUCUUGUCCACCCUAUCAUGUUGAACCGGUUCUUUCAUGGAUCUAUCGGUUUCCGUUGGGGUGUGCGGAUCAGCGCGUUCUUUAAUCUUGGAUUGCUGAUACUGGCAAACGCACUGAUGACGACUCGUUUGCCACCACGCCUUGGAGAUGUAAGCUUCGCUAAGCAGGUGGCUUAUUGGAGACACUUCUUCACCGACAAAGCAUAUCUUAUCGCCAUUGCGGGAAACUUUAUUCUCUUCUUAGGAGUCUAUUUCCCUACUUUUUAUCUCCAGUUGAAUGCCAUUGAACAUGGCGUAAACGAAAAUCUGGCAUUCUAUACGAUCGCGCUCUUGAAUGGCGCAGGUGCCUUUGGACGUGUCAUGCCAACGAUUACUGUCGACCGUAUUGGCGUCUUCAGCUCGAUUAUCCCAUGUGCUGUUGCAUGUGGGGUGCUUAUUUUUGCUUGGGUCGCCAUUACAAACCCGGCCUCGAUAAUGGUUUUCGCUGUCCUCUAUGGUUUCUUCUCAGGCGCAGUGAUUUCCCUCCUUGGCCCGAUGAUUGCAUACCUCACGAAGAAUGUCUCCGAAAUAGGGGCACGACUCGGGGUGUGCAUUGGUAUUGCAGCUAUCGGAGGCAUGAUUGGUAGAAAUAUUAAACUGGCAUCCGAAGUCAACGAACACUAAAACAUGCAUUUUCAUUUUCCUAGGACCUCCUAUCAGCGGCGCCCUUGUCACUGGUGAAUAUUCCGGGCAGAUGCAAUGGCUACGGCCUGUGCUAUUCAGCGGGAUAUGCUGUGUUGUCAGCGGUCUGACUCUAGCACUUGUUCAGGUCCUUUCUCGACGGAGUAGAAACUGAUGAAGACGUCUCGGACUAAAUUGAGAUGCCUAUAAUAAUGUAAUAGAAGAUGGGAUUGGGAAGGCCUUCCUGUCACUUAACAUACGCCGUCUGCCACGAAUAAUAUCAAUUCCUGAUCUGCUCGCUCUU